AUGGUACAGGGUGUUUACUAUUAUUUCUAUCAAAUCUUUAGGGACAAGGCUGAAGCUAUAGCAAUUGAACGUAAGAGGAAAGGGAUUGGUGAUGGAUCGGUCGGGAUGUUCUCAUCACUUGUGGUGGCUGCUUUAUCUGGGUGUGUGAAUGUCUUGCUGACUAAUCCUAUAUGGGUAGUUGUUACCCGCAUGCAGACUCACUCAAAAAAAUCCCAACCUAGCCAGACUGAAUCUAUCACUUCAGAUGAUUCAAUUCUGGCUGCUGUAGAACCUCCUCCCUAUGGAACAGGCCACGCGAUUAAUGAAGUUUAUGAUGAAGCUGGCAUUUGGGGAUUCUGGAGAGGUGUUUUGCCAACAUUGAUCAUGGUGAGCAAUCCUUCCAUACAGUUCAUGCUGUAUGAAACGCUGUUGAAGAAGCUAAGAAAACGGCGUGGCUUGAGUAAGAAGGGUAGCAAUGAUGUAACUGCUUUGGAGAUAUUUCUACUUGGAGCUUUGGCGAAACUUGGAGCUACAGUUGUAACAUAUCCUCUUCUGGUUGUGAAAUCAAGGCUUCAAGCAAAGCAAGUUGCUGGUGGGGACAAGAGGCAUCACUAUAGAGGUACCUCGGAUGCUAUCACGAAGAUGAUGCGCCAUGAGGGUUUUUCUGGCUUUUACCAAGGAAUGAACACAAAAAUCGUGCAAAGUGUUCUUGCAGCUGCUGUUUUAUUCAUGGUUAAGGAAGAACUCGUCCGGGGGGUUCGAUGGUUGUUGACGAAGGAUGCUGUUAGGGCAGUGAGUUCAUAGCUCCCCAUGACUCGAGUUCUUUCUGUAGCUAUAUCUUAGCAGAGACUGCUGUGUGGUCAGUUGUUACCAUGAAGGAGCACGUAAGCAGGAUUUGUAGCUUGUAUUAAUUGAAAUGAAAUUGAAAUUUGUGAGAGAAUAUGAUUUCUACACCUGCUAUAUUGUUGAACUAUAUUACAUUGGGAUCUAAUGAUGCAACUAUAUGAAGCAAUAGUGAA